ACAUCAACAACCCUCUUUUCCCAACCAUCAACAGCCACUGUCCCCCACCUACCACGAGCGCAGUGACUUUUACCCAUCUACGCGGCUUUGGCGCAACUCCUCUACCUACACAAAGACGUCCCGAUUCCUUGUUCGAUAAGCGCUUGCUUGCAGUGGAAGCACACCGCCAGCCAAGGAUCCGCAUUUAGAAGCCCAAUCUCUACACGACACCAGGCCAACCGCAAUCAUGAGCACCGGGGCCAAGAAGCGUAUUAUGAAGGAGUACACGGAAUGCAUGAAUGACACGCCGCCGGGCAUGAAGAUCAACUUUGACGAGCAGAACAUGACCAAGUGGGAAGUGUUGAUGGACGGGCCUGCGCAAUCAGCGUAUGCGGGCGGGCACUUCAAGCUCGAAAUCACCUUCCCAACCGAAUACCCAUUCAAGCCACCCGUCGUCAGCUUCCGAACUAAGAUCUACCAUCCCAACGUGAGCAACGACGACAAGGGCUCCAUGUGCCUGGGUCUGUUGCGCGCGGACGAGUGGAAGCCGCCCAACAAGGUGGUGUCGGUGCUCCGACUGAUCCAGACGCUGCUGAUUGAGCCCAACCCCGACGAUGCGAUUGAGCCAUCCAUCGCCAACGAGUACCGGGAAAACCGCAAGGAGUUUGAGAAGAACGCCAAGGACUGGGUCAAGCGCUACGCCAAGUAAAGAUUCAGCCAGCAGGCAGCGGCUGAUGUCGGGUAGAGCAUGUAUUCGAGUAGGACAGUGACAGCGCAUUGUCGGAUACAUAUUGCAUCUUUGGCGUUCGGCGAAAUUUGCAUGAGAAUGGGGCAGCUGAUAGUCGGUGGACAAAGAAGCAGCGUGUGCGCAGAUGGUCGUGGAUGGCAGCGGCGGUAUCACCGGACGAUUAUGCAGGGAAGGCUUUACUGGGUUCGCCAAAUAAAAUGAGUACAAACC